GGGGCCCUGGGUGAGGCCAAGCCUGGCCCAUAAAUAGGGGUCUCCUCCGUGCUCUCCACUCCUGCCGCACACCUCCCUCCCUCGCCCACACUGCUGGCACCGGGCCCCAGACACCUGCUCUGCUUCGAGAGAAUGGCUGCUCAGCACACUCUGUGGAUGGGGCUGGUCCUGCUGGGGCUGCUGGGCGGCCUGCAGGCAGCAGCCGAGGCCCAGGUCUCCGUGCAGCCCGACUUCCAGCAGGAAAAGUUCCUGGGGCUCUGGUUCAGCGCGGGCCUCGCCUCCAACUCGAGCUGGCUCCGAGAGAAGAAGGCGGCGCUGUCCAUGUGCAAGUCGGUGGUGGCCCCGGCCUCGGAUGGCGGCCUCAACCUGACCUCCACCUUCCUCAGGAAAAACCAGUGCGAGACCCGAACCAUGCUGCUGCAGCCCGCGGAGUCCCUCGGCUCCUACAGCUACCGGAGUCCCCACUGGGGCAGCACCUACUCGGUGUCAGUGGUGGAGACGGACUACGACCAGUACGCCCUGCUCUACAGCCAGGGCAGCAAGGGCCCCGGCGAGGACUUCCGAAUGGCCACGCUCUACAGCCGAACCCAGACCCCCAGGGCUGAGUUCAAGGAGAAAUUCACUGCCUUCUGCAAGGCCCAGGACUUCACAGAGGAUACCAUUGUCUUCCUGCCCAAGACCGAUAAGUGCAUGACGGAACAAGAAUAGGGCUCAUGGGAGCCAGGGGCAGAGGAAAGCCCCCCUACCCGCACCUGCUCCAUCCAGCCGGAGUAGGGGUGGGCUGGGAAGACCGCAGCCUCCAUCAUGGCCUUCCUCUUGCACCCCCAGGCCUGAAGCUGGGACCCCCGCCAGCCAGGUGACCCCCAAGUUCUGGAUGUCUCUGCUCUGUUCCUUCCCUGAGACCUGCCCCGGCUCCCCACUCAAGUGCCCCCGCUCCCUUGGGCUUCAUUCUGGCUCUAUGCAAUAAACUCUGGAAGCAAGUCA